AUGGCGCCCAAACUUAGUUUCAUGGACCUGUCCACCGACAUCAAGACGCUUGUAAUAGACCACGUAAACCGCCCCACCGACCUCCGCAACGUAUGCCUCGUGUGCAAGCAGCUCCACGAAAUCGCCGUCCGCUCGCUGUACCAUGAAGUCACCCUCGACGUGGGGAGCCCCAACGACACCCGCCUGGGCGCCUUUCUGAGCCCCAAGAACAUUGGCCUGCAGCAUGUCAGGAAGCUGGACAUGUACCUGGCGGAUGUGCUGGACAAAUGCAACCAGCAACAACAGGCAAACUUUGCGAUCCGGAUGAUCCUGGAGCUGCUCCCGGAAAACAUUCUGGAGAAGUUCUCGUGGCAUCCGUGGUCCCCGUUCUCCGGCGACAAUUUGGUGCUGCUGUACAAGAAGCAGAAGCGGAUGAAGUGGCUCGAGGGCAUCGCACUGGACAGAGACGUCAUCGAGGAAGUCAAGAAAAUCUCGGACUUUGAGAAGAUCUUUGAGAAUGUGAAGAAGCUGGGGUUGUAUCCGGACAGCCGCGAGGUCCUGGACUACUGCCAAAUGCUGGUCAAGAACUCGAGGAAUGUAGAGAAGAUCACGCUGCAUGCGAGCUUUGAGGAGAACGAUUCGCCGAUUCCGAACCGGGAGCUCAACGACUCGAGUACGGAGCCGGGGCUGAUCACGUCUACGAUGUUCAGUCAUAUGCGGCCGUUUGAAAAGUGCACGCCCAUGGCGUUGAAGGAAAUUACGCUGCAAAAGAUCAACUUGCGGUAUGCGGCGAAUACAUACUGCAAGCUGAUUGACUUCCGAUCUGUCAAGUCUAUCCGGGUGUUUGCGUGUGCCGGUGCCGACGCGCUGCUUGCGGAGCUUAGCAAGAGCACCAAGUUGCCGGAGAAAUUGGAGACUCUGGAAUUCAAGCACGACGACAACCACGAGAACGACGGACUGGGUGCCUUGGAUGGUUUCAUGUGCCUGGUCUCCGGCAUCAAGACGCUCACCAUAGACUUGUCAUAUGCGAAGAGUUUACCAGCGGCUGCCGGUAUCGUGCGACAUGGCAAGACCCUGAAGUCUCUAAAUGUCCACGCAAGCCGCAUCCCGGAUGACUGCGAUGACGAGCUGGUGUAUGACUACGCGUCGUUCUCGCAGCUAUGCAAAGACUGCCCGUUGCUCGAGCAGGUAUCCGUUGCGUUCCCGCAGGUGAGCGUGAUCCGCUCCAAACAGGACUCUUUCAUCAAUUUCGAGAACUGCCUCGGCGACCUCGCCAACCUCGUAACCCUCAACAUCACCACCUGGCCCACCAACUCGCCCUCCUCGACCAAGCUCCCCCGCAAAAUCUACGAGCACCUCCUCCAAGGCCUCGCGCAGCAAGGCUUUGAGCGCUCCUCGACGCACGCCGCCGAGCAGAAGCGCGCCUCCAAGCUCGCCAUCAUCGCGUGGGGCUCCUCGGACAAAGUGUACGACCGCGAGGACAGCCAGAACCAGAUCAUCUUCGUAAAGGGCAAGCAGGUCGACCCGCUGGGCAACGAGCGCUUCACGGCGUAUCCUCCGCCGCCGGGCUCCGAGGAACCCCACUAUACGCCCAUCUACCCUCCGCCGACGCCGCAGCCUGGCCACGAGCUGCUGGGCCAAGGACAGCCGCCGCCGCCGCGCCUGCAGCCCUACCCGCAGGACAUCUACCCCAAGGUCGAGGAUGUGCUGCAGCUGCAGCAGCAGGCGAACCAUGCCCUGGGCGCCGACCAGAGACAGCCGCUGGGCACGCAGACGGGCCAGCAGCAGGCCGCCGGCCCCGGCGUGAGUCCGCUCAGCAUGCACGACGCGCCCAUGCUCAACCAGCCCCAGGACAGCGGCGGGCCCAAGACGAACCGCCUGCGGAAGGCCUGCGACUCGUGCAGCAUCCGUAAAGUGAAGUGCGAUGAAUCAGGACCUCCGUGUCGAGCGUGCGCCGCCCUCGACAUCCCAUGCACUUUCGAGCGACCAAGCCGCCGCCGCGGUCCCCCGAAUCGCCAUGCCGAAGCCAUCAAGAAGAAGCGCCGGAUAGAGGAGGGAGAGAUUGACCCAGCGCAACCUCACGCCGCGUCCUCGCCCACCAAUGCCGCCCACGCGCUCGCCCAGCUCGCCGCUCCCCCGCGCCCCAAGCCAACCGCCGAAUCCAUAUGCUCCCUCCCAAUCAUGAACAGCCUGAUCGACGACUUCUUCACCUACAUCCACCCGCUCUGUCCCUUCCCGCACGAGCCCUCGUUCCGAGAAGCCUGGAAUAAUCGCGAAGACUGCGGCAACGACUCCUUCUUGGCACUACUGGCGUCCAUGGUCGCAGCGCUGGUGGCGUCGUUCCCGCGCAAACCACGGCUCCAUCUCAAGCACCAGACACGCGAUUUCUUCCCCAGCCACCUCGCGCUCGUCGACCGAUGUAGGGAGAUCUGCGCUCAGGCCCGCGGCCCGGGAUACCUGGAUAAGCCGAGCUUGAAUGUCUACGAUGCGUGUACGAGCUAUUUUCUGGGGCUGGUCGGUGGAUACACGUUCCGGUGGCGGCAGCUAAGGUUGUAUCUGGGCGAGUGUUUGACUAUUUUGCGCACGUUGGGGUUGCACAAGGCGAAGGAGCAGGGGUAUACUUAUCUAGGGCAGUUGCCAGAGGCGACUGGCUCGUCGGGACCCAAGUUUGAGGGCUCGAGGGAUGUCCCGCUGGACUAUAUUACAGAGCAAAUUGGUCGGAGGGUCUUCUAUACUCUUUUCGUGGGCGUGCGGAAUCUGCAGCAGCUGGGAGCUUCUUUUGGGGAGCUCACUCUGCUACCCUCAACACCAACCGAACAGCUCCCUCCGCUGCCUUUGGAAGUGGACGAUGCAUGCAUCUUUCCGAACGAAAUCCUCCCGCAGCCUCCGGACGUGGUAUCCGAAGUGACUGGCUUCAAUCUCAAUGUCCGCAUCUACAACUCCUACGCAGCGCUGUCUACAUCAGAAAUGGCCUAUGGCAUCGACGAGCUCUACGACUGGGACCAACAGCAACGCAUGCUCGACCAAGUCCUGCGGCGUUGCAAAGAGGUUCUCGCCAACAUCCCCUCAGUUCUCCAGGUGCAAAACAAGUCGCAGGACGGCGGCUUCGCCCAGCGCCGCCAGCCCUACUACCCUCCCAUGCCUGAAUACGCUGACAUGCGCGACCCCAACCUAAACAACCUCGGCAACCCGGAUCUCCUUGAAGCCCGCCGCACCAUGCAGUACGAGAUUCAAAAAGCCAACAUCUACGGCUCGCACCUCAGCACGCGCUCCUACCUCGUAGAAAAAUAUUUCGCGCUCCUCGACAAAUCCAACAACGCGCGCACGCAGCACGCACUCCAAUCCUCCCCCUCGGCCCCGUUCACCGGCCUCGACCGCCUCGUCGCGAGCUCCACCAUCGAGUCCGAGGAACUCGAGAAGCGCAUGAGCGAGGAGCGCGAGCAGGUCGUCAAGGACCUGCUCGUCGUCCUCGGCAGCAUCGACAUGAUCAACAUGGAACCAAAUGGGGACUCGUUCACGCAGAAGAUUCGCAGUAUUGCUAGUACCCUGCUGGAGAUACCAAAGGAGCGGAAGGGCAGUGUCGCGCUGCAGCAUCAGGAUUAUUUGUACAAGUUCUUGGAUAUUUUGAGUAAGUUGGAGAGGGUGAAGCCUGAGGGGAGCGAUUCGAGUGCGGGGCCGGUCGAUGAAGAGGCUGAGCUGAGGGCUUGGGCGGAUAUCAGGGACUACCAACUCAAAUUCCAGGAGCAGGGUGGCAUUUAUGGGUUCAACUAA